GCGGUGGAGAACCCCGGUCACCUUCCGUCUCUACAGAAACCGGACGAUGCGCCCGAGCGCAGCGGAUUUUCCGCUCUGGCUUCCUAGCUUCUUCUACACCACCCGCCGAGCGCGACUUUGGGUGCGCAACGCAGAUGUUUGCCGUUGAGAAAGGGCCCUGGACUAUGAACGUUGCGCUGAAUCGCAAACGAUCGCGGCUUGCGUUGGAAGAUGACGAGGAGGAGGAGCUGCGGCUGCCGGAGCCUUCGCCUGCGCUGUCGACAUUUAGCGACGCCUUGAAGAGGACGAGGACGCAGAGCGAUUUGGAAGAGCUGGGCAUAAUUAGGCCGGAGGACGCGUGGAGCGUGGAUGUAGAGAGCAUACUAUCGUCACAUACGCUGCCCACUGCGCCCGGCAGCGGCCUGCAAGCACACAGCAACGUAGACAACUUCCAGAAGAAUACGUCUAUAAUAGUGCUGUGCGUGCAGGGUAAUCUGCAUCUGCACUACGACCUUCUUUGCUCGAUGCUACCAGACCUAUAUGCGAUGUCACCCUCAUUACAAGCCCUCGUCCUCUGCCGAGACCCUUCGACGCAUAUCCCUUCCGCGACCGCGCCGUUCUGCCUUCCGUUAAUACAAGCCGUCGGACCAAGCUAUAAUCACUUUGUGCGAUUAGGGCUACUACAUCCUCUUGGAGGAGGGAGCUUCCCGCUGGACGCUUUGGUGAUAGUGGAUACAAGAGGAAGACGGAGGUUACUCCUGCCGUUUGGCUGGGGUGCUGGGAAGCAUGCUAGUACACCUGCUGGACGGAUAGUACAGAAACGGUUGACGGAAUUGCUGCGGCAGUGCAUCGAGGUUCUGACCAAAGAGUGAAGGGGAAUCUAUAACAGUGGGUGGGCAGGGACGUACGAGGAUGAAGCACUCAGGAUCUAUGACGGAGAGCACAGCGCCAGGCCGGCGGCUGACUAAUUGAGAUCAAGGAAAGAGGCUCUCCUCCAUCACUGUGCCUAAGAGGGCUUUGCUGUAGCUGGAGGGAUCACAUCAUCAGAGAAGAUGCCGCUAAGGGAGGA